CAAACAACAAAGGGGCUCUCGGCCGAGAUGGCGCCAGAUAUUGCCAUGAACCUUGCUCCCCACCGCCUCUCGAGGCGUUAUCUUGAGCAACACGAUUCUCUGUCCAGGCGGUUCAGCAGUUUCCUAACUGGGAAGGUGACUUUUGUACGUUCCAGAGGGAACAACAACAGGACGAGCAACCGCUUCUCUCCCCAGACCGGAUUCUCCCAUUUUGACAGCUUGGCAGGAUUCAGAUGUGCGUUGAAUCCUUUUACCAUUGUUUCUCAAUAUCUUCCUCCUCAAGGAAGUACUACUUUCUGUUCUUGUUCCCCCCGUGUAACGAUCCCACCCGUCCUUUUGCUGUGGCUCCUACCCAUGAUGUCUUCCCAACUGCCGUCAGCGAAUGGCGCUGCCACACCCGCGCGGCACUCUGCACGGCACGCACACGGGGCAGCCCUGGCACAGCGGCUCAUUCCCGGCCGGACAAUAUUGGGCCCACACAUGGUCCAAAAUUCCCGAUCGAUGGCUGGUCCCGGAGUUCAUCUCUUGGCUUUGACGGGAGCAUAAUGUCAGCAUUAUCAAGCUCGGAAACCUUCCCCUAGUAUUCUCUCGUGAGAUGUAUUUUUCUCCCCUUUGGUUCGCUAUCUGGGAUCAGAUUACAUGCCAAGUUUGGAAGACCAGCAAUGGCAGUCGAGGGAUAUCAUGUGUCUUGAUAUCAUCUUUUGGUUGCUGCGCCAUCCUACCAGACAAUCACAAUGGUACCCUACAAGCAACUCCCUUGACAGCUUGCACCACGAAUUGUCAGGAUCACGCCAGCGCAAGAAAAGAACGACGUUGACACCUGCUUGCUAGACUAGCUCCCGUCUUGGGUAGGUCGUAAGGCGGUUUUGAUCUUGGCCACCCUCUUUUCACCCACAUGGCACCCGCAUUCAGCAUCGUGUCAAAGUUCUAAGCAUGACCUUGUUCCUACCCUACCCAGGUUGAUAUAGGAAAAAGAUGGUGGAGAAGGUCUGACAUCUUGUUCGCGAUGCCCUUUGCGGAAGGUGGUGAUGAUUUCGGGACCAAUAUGUCAACGCCAUCACGGACAGAGAUAAAUAGACAUGUUCAUCUCGCUGUUGUUUUUCUGUUGCAAGAUCACCAUCAUCACUUUCUCUCUCUCCCUCUCUGUGUCCUCGUCCUCCUCACUUGUCUACUCCCGAGUUUAACAAAUAACAGACUUCAACAUGCAGCUCCUCCGGGCCACCACCUGCCUCCUCCUCCCAACCCUGGCGUUGGCCGCUCCUCCUGUCAGGGAGGCACCCCUCCUCACCCCCCGCGGUGCAGCCGCCUCUCAGCUCAUCGACGGGAGCUACAUCGUCAAGCUCAGAGACGGCAGCAGUGAUGCCGUCCUCCAGGGUGCGGUCAAGGGGCUGAGCACCCAGCACCUCUACAAGGCCGGCCGGUUCAAGGGCUUCGCCGCCAAGCUGUCCGCUGCGAAGCUGGCUGCCAUCCGCAGGCUUCCCGAGGUCGAAUUCGUCGAACAAGACGCCGUGGUCCAGGCAUACGACUUCCUCACCCAGGAGGACGUCCCCUGGGGCCUCGCCCGCAUCUCCCACCGCAGCCCAGGCCAGACCUCGUAUGUCUACGAUGAGUCCGCCGGCGAGGGCACCUGCAGCUACAUCAUCGACACGGGCAUCUACGUCAACCACACUCAAUUCACCAACCGCGCCCACUGGCUAGCAAACUUCAUCGACACCGACAACACAGACGGCAACGGCCACGGCACCCACGUAGCCGGCACCAUCGGCGGCAUCACCUACGGCGUGUCCAAAAAAACAAGCCUCUACGCCGUCAAAGUCCUCCGCGCCUCCGGGUCCGGCACCCUCGCCGCCGUCAUCGCGGGCAUCGACUUUGUCGCCGCCGACUUUCCCACCCGGGGCUGCCCCAACGGCGCGACGGCCAACCUGUCCCUCGGCGCGUCGAGGAGCACGGCCGUCAACGCCGCCGCCGCCGCCGCCGUCAGGGCGGGGGUUUUCCUCAGCGUCGCAGCCGGCAACAGCGCCGACGACGCCUUCUUCUACAGCCCAGCGAGCGAGGAGACGGUUUGCACCGUUGGGGCGACGGAUGAGGGGGAUGUGAGGGCUUGGUUUUCGAACUACGGGGAGGGGGUCGACGUUUUUGCGCCCGGGGUCGGGGUGGAGAGCGCGUGGAUUGGGGGGCCGAGCGCAACGAACACCAUUUCGGGAACGUCGAUGGCGGCGCCGCAUGUGGCCGGUUUGGCUUCGUAUCUGCUUGCGCUGCUGGGACCAAAGACGCCGGCGGAGCUGUGCGAGUACAUUAGGGAGACGUCCACCAACGGCACCAUCACGGAUCUACCCACGGGGACCUUCAAUGGGAUUGCGUUCAACGGAAACCCGGGGGCUUUGUAAACGCGCUGGCGAGUGGUGGAUAUCAGGAUGCGAGUUGGCGGACCAUGAUGAGGGGAGGCUGCUGGGUGGGUAUUUUAUGAGAGGCAGGUAGAUACGCGAUGCUCUGAUGUUUUUGUGUUUCCUUUGGAUAGAUUUCCAGUCUCCGAUGCUUUCAUUCCCAGGUUCAUCCGAAUCUGAGCAUGUUGGCUUUUUAUUAGUUGGUUUCUGUAGCGUUGCUCGACAGUCAUUUGGUAAUCAUAGUACUAUCCAUACCCACUUGCAUAUCAUCUCGAAUCAAACACUUUGCAAGCAGUCAAGCUUCAUUGAACAAGGGCUUGCACACGCCCAACCAUUUCCCAGUAGGUACCUGAUAAAGCAAAGACCUAAAACAACAUCAAAGAAACACAAACAGUUUCCUAUCAAAUGCUCAAGGGGUAUUCAUAGCAGCAACCGCGG